UAUAUAAUUCAUGCUAAUAUAUGUAAUUUAUAUUUCGAACCCUCGUAACAUGACAUUAAAAUAUAAGUUUAUUAACCCUGAGGCUUUCAAAAUAUGGCGGUCAGCGAGGAGUUUUUCCAAAAAUUGCAUGAAGUUUUACUCUUAAUUUUCUCCAAAAUUGACAAGAUUGUUGAUGAUACAAGCUUGGAAAAGUUACUAGAAAUACUGCAUUCUCUUUACAGUCAUUUUGACGAAAGAAAAAGAAUAGAAAAUGUUCUCGUUAAGUAUUUCAAUCGAAUUCAACAUGCCGAAAAGAUCACACCUGCAACACUUAGUUUUACUCUAAGAUUAUCGGUCGUUAUCACCUGUUCAAGUGAAGGAUUUCAUGUCUUCUUUUCUCUUGACAAUAUACUCCAAUAUUUACUUCGUGAAGUCAUAAGAAAACACGAAUUCUGGACAGACCCCUGUGUAAGAGAUUCGUACUUCAAAGCAGCCAUUGGAAUAAUAAGCACAAAUAAUGGAUUUAUUUGGCUACAAAAGUCAGGUGUUCUCCAACAUGCUAUGAACAACUUGGUUGAUAGCAGUAUAUUUGUUGCUGACUCUGCAAGAACAUUUAUUGCAAAAUAUAUAAUUACUCUGCACAAAUCCACUACCAACCACAACGACACCCAUAAUGAAAGUGGUGACGAAGAUUCACCAAUGCACCAUUGCCCCACGCCGGCAAGAAACACAUUAUUGAAACAUUGCGCUACAUGUGUCAAGUGCAUUGUAAAUCAUUUCAAAAAUAUCAUUGAAGAAACACCAACUGGAUUGAUCCGUACAAUGCCAUAUCAAGUGUCUAUCGUCCAACUGCUCUUAACAUUAAUGGAAGAGAAUACUGUUACUGCCCAGGAAAUUUUGCACCCCUCAGCUAUAAUGGUAUCAUGCUUUGAAUUGUUCAACCAUGCCAAUAAAGAAGAGUGUGGUAAACUGACUGAUGUAAUAUUUACCAUGCUUACAAACACAAGUUCAUGGCAACUUGACUGGCCACUGUUACUUCACCUCAAAGAAGACAAACAUUUGUUGAAUAUAUUCUUAGAGUUUAUCCUCGUUCUUUGUAAAAGACACUUUGUUUUCUAUGCAUUUCAACUCGUUCAGGGAAUGUUUCAUGCAAGAAAAUUUAUGAAAUCCAAAGAAUCUGGUUUGUGUUCACUCUUUGUAUUACUCACAUUUCCUGUCCACGGAACUUUCCACAAGAUCGAAGAGACCAACAAUGUUGAAGAAUGCCAAAGUGCACAAAAUGCAGCCAAGGAAAUGCUCUUACUUGAUUACACAGGUGGUGAAAGCUACAGCACUGUUCCUGUGUUCAUAAAAGACAUCUUCAAACAUGUUACCAGUUUGAUUAUUGCCCAGUCUUUGACAGUUACAACAGACAUCAUUCAUGAUAUAGAGUUAUCUGCCUAUUCACCAAUGCAAGAGCUUGUUCAUAGAUGGUGUAAAGAUAUUGUACACUUUCUUGGUCAACAGUCUGACAAUUACUUUGCGAAAAAUACAUUGACAAGGUUCUUCAUCAAAGCCCUUGUUAUCUGUCUUGAACGCAACCUUUUCAAUGACGACACCACAAAAGAGGAAUGCCACAAGCUGUUCAUUAGGCUUCUAUCUACUUCACAGGACAACAUGAUCCUUGGCAGCUGUUAUGAAGGUCUCAAAUGGAUAUAUAAGCCACACCAAGCAUUUCCCACCUAUGUAAAUGUUGGAGCAUUAAAUAAUGUGCUUCUUCAACAAUGUUCAAUCCCAUGUUGGGAUACCAGGGAUUCUGCACUUAAUUUCCUUCAAUACCUUCUUCAGACAUUUGAUGUUUCUAGUUUGCAGGUAUUGCUUGACCAAAAGCUGCUCCUUGAAUUGUGGAAGUUGAUGGAAGAUGGUGAAAGUUAUGUCAGAGCAUCGUCCAUUUAUCUCCUCCAAGCUAUCUCAGCACGUGAUGCCAUUUGGAAACAAUAUUGUGACAGCAUUUCAUUGUCUGAGGAAAAAGUGUUAAAUUAUAUUGUGAAUGCUUUUCAAAAAGAAGAAGAAUCCUUUCCACGCCGUGCUGUGGUAGAUAUCUUACGCUUAUGGCUUGAAACAGAACACAGCAUCAUACUGAUGUAUUUAAAAGACAAAUUCACUUCUACAACAGUUGCUAAAGUACUUAACAAAGCUUGUGAAGACUUUGACUGGGAAGUUAAACUUUGUGCAUUAAAUUUCUGGGAAACAAUGCUCAAUUACUAUUGUGAAAAAAUAAACGUUUCUUUGAGCAUAGACUACAGUUGGUUUGAGGAGAUAUGCCUGGUGGUAUUGAGUGCCAUAACAGACUAUGAUCAACCGGUCAGAGAAAAAGGUAUGGUUAUUCUUCAAAGAAUAAAGAUGGAAUAUGUUCACCAGUCGCCGCAAGAUGAGUUGAAUUACCAUGGAUCACUUGAUGAUUUGAGAAAUUUCACAUUACAGAUGAAACAACAGAAAAAUUACUCUCUUCUACAGACAUUACUAGUACUUAAUUUAAACGAGCUUGAAGACCAAUUUCAGACAAACAGUUUAACUCAAGAUCCAGUAUCUUUCUUAGAAGACAUAUUAGCUGCUGCAUCAGAAAACCAACACAACUUAUUAGACUGUUACUAAAUCCUUAGAUGAAUCCUUAGAUUUUGCUGUCCUGUCUAAUACUUUAUGUAUUCCUAACUACUUUCAAAAUCAAACUGGUUAAAAUGAUUUUUUGGGUGCAACAGUUGUUAACAAGAUAAACUGAGUCUAGUUUAAUAAAUUCCACAGCAUUUUCAA